AUGCGUCCGUCACUCGACGCUACCCUCCUGUGCAUAGCCACCUGCACGAACGCCCAACACACUGCCAGCUGGCAAGCCAAACGCCAGCAAACAGAUGGUAAACACAGUCGUGACUCAAUCGAUAUGCCUUGGAAACUCCCGAGUCUCAGGACCGGGGCCCAGCCGAAUCCUGAGGUUGGAUCCCCCCUCCAGCCCAACAACGGCCAGGAUAGCAAGGAACAGGCGACGGUUACGGAGAUUCCAGUUGUCACCGAGCAAAUUGUCAACGACAUCUAUGCAGGAAACGAAGCCGCCAAAGCUGCUAGCGACCAUGAACAGACAAUGACGAUGCGGUACACGAUCAAAUACUACUUCAUGGCUCUGUUCUGGGCCGCGAUGAUGGCUGCCCCCAUCAUCAUGGAAGGUUACGAAACUGCCCUCGUGCCCAGCUUCUUCUCGUUCAAGCCUUUCAAGGAGUUGUAUGGUCAAACUUCCAACGGCAACCUCAUUGUUCCACCUGCCUGGCAGUCGGGUAUCACCAUUUCCGCCGCUGUUGGCCAGCUCUUUGGUCUCUGGCUUGCUCCCCGAGUUAUGAACCGCUUUGGAUAUCGCCUCUGUACCAAGGCUGGCCUCGCUUGGGCUUCCAUCUGUCUUCUGAUCGGAGUUCUUUCCAUUCCUGGCGCCAAGCUUCACAUUUUUCUCGUCGGAGAACUCUUGCUUGGUGUUCCUUGGGGUCUCUUCCAAGGCAUCACCCUUCCUUACGUCUCUGAUAUCACCCCUCUGAAGCUCCGAGGGCCGGCUGCCACCAUGAUCAACAUUUUCUGGCUGAUUGGUCAGCUCGUCUCUGCAACUGUCCUGCGUGGCUCUUCUGAAAUCCACAACCCGCAAUGGUCAAUCAGGCUUCCCAUGCUUAUUCAAUACUCCUGGCUUUUCCCGCUUUUUAUUAUUGUGAUUCUCGCCCCGGAGAGUCCCUAUUUCCUCAGCCGACAGGGUAAGGAUGAAGAGGCACGCAAGGUUCUUAGCCGCGUCAACCGCGAUCCCAAAUUUGACCAGCACGGAUCUCUUGCCAUUAUUCACUGCGUCAACGAGCACGAGAAGAAGGCUUCCGAGCGCAUGGGAUUCAUGGACUGUUUCAAGGGUGUCAACCUGCGUCGCACUGAGAUCGCUGUCAUCAUCUACCUGACGCAGCAGCUGGUAGGUUCACCUCUGGUCUUUUACUCUGUCAACGUGCUUCAGAAGGCCGGCCUGACCCAGAGCCACGCGCUUUGCGUCACUAUGGGCAUGUAUCUACUAUGCAUUGGAUCGACUCUUGCGUCGAUGGCUGCCAUGCGCUCGUUUGGUCGCCGCGCAAUGUGGAUUGGUGGCCUUGCCGCGGAAGUGGCCUGCCUCAUCAUCAUUGGCACGCUUGGGUUCUUCCUCGAGUCGACCACGGCAGUGGCUUGGGUAUCUGCCGUUAUUCUUGUUCUCUUCGCCGUCGUGUACAACUUUACUAUUGGUCCAGUCUGCUACACCAUUGUCGCCGAGACCCCGUCGACUCGCAUGAAGACUGCCACCAACUCGAUUGCCCGUGGUAUCUACAUUGCUGUGUCGAUUGGCAACCUGUUCCUCGUCCCCAACCUUCUUGAGCCCAAGCCCUUGGGCUGGGGCCUCGGAACCCGCGCUGCGCUCCUCUGGGCAAGCACUUCGUUUUUCUGCCUGUGUUGGGCCUACUUUAGACUGCCCGAGAUGAAGGAUCGCACCCCCGCCCAGAUUGACGUCAUGUUUGAGCGAGGCCUGCCGGCCCGUUCUUGGGCCCAGGCCAAGCUGUAG